AUGCUUGAAUGUUUUGAAAACAUCAAAAUGCUGAUUAUAGCUAUGCAAGAUCACGAAUGCAAGAGAUGCUUUGCUGAAAAUGCAAGGAUGGUGAUAGAUUGUGAUGCGCCAAGGGCUUAUCCUGGUCUUGAAGAACACAAUGGAGACAACGGAGAUCAUGGAAAGGAUGCUCAAGGAGUGCAAGGAAGCAUGGACAAUCUUAAAGGAGAGGAUGGAAUCGCAAAUAUGCCAUUAGAUGAUGGAAUCGCACCAAAGAUGCCAUUUGAUCCUAUGAAGAUGCCUUUAGGUCCGAUGACAAGAGCAAGGGCUAAGAAGUUCAAAGAUGCAUUAACAAGCUUUGUUCGAACUCAUCUUGAAGGCUUGAAGUCCAUUGAAGAUCAAUUGGAGAGCAUUGAAGUCGAUGGAAGCAAGAAUAUUCCCAAUGAUUCUAAGCUAUGCACUUUGCUUGAAAUCAUUGAGUCACGAAAAGAAAGGAGUUCUCUAGGAGUUGCUCUUAUUAGGCCUAUUGAAGCUAGUACCAUGGGAGACAAUACUCCACAAGGAGAGCAAAAUCAAGCGGAUUUGGCUACUAUGUUUCAAGCCCUAAUGCAACGUAUGGAUGUACUAUCCAAUGAUGUUCAACAAAUCAAAGAUAGGCAAAAUCAACAAGCUCAACCUCCUCAACAAAGAGCCAAUGCCUCCAACAACAAUGAAAGAGUUCAACCUCCACAACCAAGACAAGUUGUUCCUAGAAUUGAUCCUAUGGAGAGAUUGAGGCAACAAGAGCUUGGGGGUCAAGCUUAUAAUGAGAAUUUACGGCCUAGGAGGGGAAUUGAAAGAGAGGAGCCAAAAGACAACAUCAAAUACAAAAUCCCUAAAUUCAAUGGGAGGGGGACACCGGCGGAUUACUUGGAGUGGGAGUCCGAAUUGGAUAUGUACUUUGAUUAUCACCCCCAUGCCGAAUCCAAGAAGGUGCAAAUUGCUACCCUUGAUUUUUCGGAGAAUGCUUUGAAUUGGUGGAAUCAAUUAGUGCAAUCAAGGGGAAGAAAUUUGGAGAGACCUAUUGAUACUUGGUUGGAAUUAAAGAGUCUUAUGAGAAAGCGAUUUGUUCCAAGCUAUUAUAUCAACUCUCUUUAUCAAAGCUUGCAAUCUUUGAGGCAAGGAACAAGGAGUGUUGAUGAGUACUAUUCCGAGAUGAUGUUGUUGAUGCCUAGGGCCGAAGUUGAUGAAGCUCCACAAGCCACUAUGGCUAGGUUUAUGGCGGGUUUGAAUAGAGAUAUUCUUGACAUAGUGGAGAUGCAACAACACUAUGAUGUUGAGGAAUUACUUCAACAUGCUUUGAAGGCCCAGAGUCAAGUCAAAAGGAAUGGCGCUAAGAAGAGCUUUGCAUCAUCGUCAAGCUCAUGGAAGACUCCAAUUAAGAAAGAUGAGAAAUCAUCCAACAAAGAGAAGGAGUUGGCGCAAAAGGGAGCAAGCCCUAAAACCGAUUCUAAGUCUUCAUCAAGUUCUUCUUCUAAGAAUCAUGUUAAGUGUUUUAAGUGUCAAGGAUAUGGUCAUUAUGCUAAGGAUUGCGUUAACAAAAAGGUUAUGUUCACUAAUGACUAUGGAGAAAUUGAGAGUGAAGAUGAAGAAUUUGCACUAGGAUCUAAUGGUGAUGGAGAUGAUGAAAAGGGAUUUGCGUAUGAUGAUGCAGAUGAUGAUGAUGGUAACACACCGACACUCUUGAACUUAGUUGCAAGAAGAACUUUAAGGGCCUAUGUUAAAGGAGAUGUUCACAAUCAAAGGGAGAAUUUGUUUCAUACUAGAUGCAAGUACAAUGAUGAGGUGCUAUGUGAUGUUCCUCCAAUGCAAGCAUGCCAUGUCUUACUUGGUCGACCAUGGCAAUAUGACAACAAGGUAUAUCAUGAUGAUGUGUUUCCUGAGGAGAUUCCUAGUGGUUUACCACCUAUUAGGGGGAUUGAACAUCAAAUUGACUUCAUCCCUAGAGCACAAAUAACUAAUAAGCAAGCUUAUAGGACAAAUCUCGAAGAAACAAAGGAGUUAGAGAAGCAAGUUAGAGAGCUAUUAAAAAAGGGUUUUGUUCGUGAAAGCCUUUCUCCAUGUGCAGUUCCUGUUUUGCUUGUUCCUAAGAAGGAUGGAACUUGGAGAAUGUGUGUUGAUUGUAGAGCAAUAAACAACAUAACGGUAAAGUAUCAUCACCCUAUUCCUAGAUUAGAUGAUAUGCUUGAUGAAUUGCAUGGUGCUUGUUUAUUUUCAAAGAUUGAUCUUAAGAGUGGAUAUCAUCAAAUUCGCAUGAAAGAGGGUGAUGAAUGGAAAACUGCCUUUAAAACUAAGCUAGGGUUGUAUGAAUGGUUAGUUAUGUCUUUUGGAUUGACUAAUUCACCUAGUACUUUCAUGAGGCGAAUGAAUCAUGUUUUGAGAGCUUAUAUUGGUAGGUUUGUUGUUGUUUAUUUUGAUGAUAUACUUGUGUAUAGCCGAAACCUAGAUGAACAUGUUGAACAUUUGCGUUGUGUGUUAGAUGUACUUAGGGUUGAGAAGUUGUAUGCUAACCUUAAGAAGUUCACCUUUUGCACAAACAAGCUUGUUUUUCUUGGUUUUGUGGUGUCAUCGCAAGGUAUAGAAGUUGAUGAGGAGAAGAUCAAAGCAAUCAAAGAAUGGCCAACCCCCACCAACGUUGGUCAAGUGAGAUCUUUUCAUGGCUUCGCUGGGUUCUAUAGGAGGUUUGUUAAGGACUUUAGCACCUUAGCCGCCCCUAUUACUAGUGUGAUGAAGAAGAAUGCACCAUUCAAGUGGGGAAAAGAACAACAAGAAGCAUUUGAGACCUUGAAGGAAAAACUAACUAAUGCUCCUUUGCUUGUUUUGCCUAACUUUAACAAUACUUUUGGAAUUGAAUGUGAUGCAUCAGGGGUUGGAAUUGGAGCUGUUCUAACGCAAGGUGGGAGGCCCGUAGCUUAUUUUAGUGAGAAAUUGAAUGGGGCUGCAUUGAAUUAUCCAACCUAUGACAAAGAGUUGUAUGCUCUUAAGCAAGGUAAGGAGAAUGUUGUAGCCGAUGCUUUAUCAAGGAGGGAAUCGCAUGAAGGGGGUUUAAUGGGUCACUUUGGAGUUGAUAGAACUUAUGAGAUAUUGCAUGAAUACUUCUUUUGGCCGAAGAUGCGAUAUGAUGUAGGAAAGCAUGUUUCUAGUUGCAUUGUUUGUUUGCAAGCUAAAUCUACAUCUAAGCCUUAUGGAUUGUAUACUCCUUUGCCUAUUCCUUAUGAACCAUGGACUCAUAUUAGCAUGGAUUUUUUGUUAGGUUUACCUCGUUCUAAGAGAGGUAAAGAUUCUAUCUUUGUGGUUGUUGAUAGGUUUUCUAAGAUGGCACACUUCAUUGUAUGUACUAAAACGGAUGAUGCCAUUAAUAUAGCUAAUUUGUUCUUUAAGGAGAUUGUUACACAACAUGGAAUGCCUAGGACGAUUGUGAGUGAUAGAGAUGCUAAGUUCUUAAGUCACUUUUGGAGGACAUUAUGGGCUAAGUUAGUCGACAUGGAUGGUGAAAGAAAGACCGAUUUUGUUAAGGAUCUUCAUGCUAAGCUUAGAGCUCAAAUUGAGAAGAAAACACAACACUACAUGAAGGUUGCUAACAAAGGGCGCAAAGAGGUCAUCUUUGAACCUGGAGAUUGGGUUUGGUUGCAUCUAAGGAAGGAGAGGUUCCCUGAAAAGAGAAAGUCUAAGCUCUUACCUCGUGGAGAUGGUCCAUUCCAAGUCUUGGAGAGAAUCAACAACAAUGCCUACAAGCUAGACCUUCCUAGUGAGUAUGGCAAUGUAAAUCCUACUUUUAAUGUUUCAGACUUAUCCUUGUUUGAUAGUGAUGCAGAUUUGAGGAAAAAUCCUUUUCAAAGGAGAGGGGAUGAUGCGCCAAGGGCUUAUCAUGGUCUUGAAGAACACAAUGGAGACGAUGGAGAUCAUGGAAAGGAUGCUCAAGGAGUGCAAGGAAGCAUGGACAAGCUUAAAGGAGAGGAUGGAAUCGCAAAAAUGCCAUUAGAUGAUGGAAUCGCACCAAAGAUGCCAUUUGAUCCUUUGAAGAUGCCUUUAGGUCCGAUGACAAGAGCAAGGGCUAAGAAGUUCAAAGAUGCAUUAAAAAGCUUUGUUCGAACUCAUCUUGAAGGCUUGAAGUCCAUUGAAGAUCAAUUGGAAAGAAUUGAAGUCGAUGGAAGCAAGAAUAUUCCCAACAAUUCCAAGCUAUGCACUUUGCUUGAAAUCGUUGAGUAUUAG